UAUUAUUAUUAUUAUUAUUAUUAUUAAUUUCAUUUCUAUCCCGCUCUUCUCACCCCACAGGGGACUCAGAGCGGCGUACAACAUACAUUUAGGCAAAAAUUCAAUGCCUCAUUAUACAAAGCAAAUAAAACAUAACAUAAAAUCAAUAUAAGAUGCCAGAGAACAAGGUUCGAAUCCUGGUUCGGCAAUACAAGCUCACCAGGUGCAAAAAGAUUAGAUUGGAAGCAGAGAGGAAAUGAAGACUAGGUCAAACUUGUUUUUCCCGGUCGGCAGAAAGAAUGUUCCCUUGGUUUGCACAAAAAUCAAUUUGUAUGGGAUGAGGAUGGACUCCGCAGUUGUUUCUGGCCCGGGGAGGUGAGGCGGGGCAACUGGAAAAACAGGCCUUUCUCCCUUUGGUGUUUUGGCCUCUGCGUUCAAAAUAAGAACUGGUCUUGCUAACACGAUCAGGGAAGGGAGGAUGUGAAAAACAACACGGCCAGAUUGUGUGUGUGAGAGAGAGAGAUUGAGAAAGAGCUGGGCCAAAAGUAAUCAAAUUCAUUUCAACGGGGGAAAUGUAAGGUGGAAAGAAAUGAAAGGUGGAAAGAAAUAUAAGAUGUGGGACAACCGGCUUGCAAACAGAACAAACAAGAAUCUCGGAGUCUUUGGGGGCCACAAACCGGGCACGAUACUGCAGCUAAAAAGGCUAAUGCGAUUCUGGGAAUCUCUUAAGUUCUCCAAACAUGAUUCUAUGAUCAAUGUCUGUCCAAAGUUGAACUAGAGAACCUUGAGAUUCCUAGAGAGGUCUCUAAGAAUAUGAACAUCCUCCAGUGUGAUUUUGAUGGACAACGUCAGGCCAAAAGUGACCAUAUAAUUGCACUGGAGGACCUCAAGAUCUCUAAACAUCUGAAUGUUCUCCAGUGUGAUUUUGAUGGUCAAUGUCAGGCCAAAAGUGACCAUACAAUUGCACCGGAGGACCUCGAGAUCUCUAAACAUCUGAAUGUUCUCCAGUGUGAUUUUGAUGGUCAAUGUCAGGCCAAAAGUGACCAUACAAUUGCACCGGAGGACCUCGAGAUCUCUAAACAUCUGCAUGUUCUCCAGUGUGAUUUUGAUGGUCAAUGUCAGGCCAAAAGUGACCAUACAAUUGCACCAGAGGACCUCAAGAUCUCUAAACAUCUGAAUGUUCUCCAGUGUGAUUCUGAUGGUCAAUGUCAGGCCAAAAGUGACCAUACAAUUGCACCGGAGGACCUCAAGAUCUCUAAACAUCUGAACAUUCUCCAGUAUGAUUUCGAUGGUCAAUGUCAGGCCAAAAGUGACCAUGCAAUUGCACUGGAGGACCUCAAAAUCUCUAAACAUCUGAAUGUUCUCCAGUGUGAUUUUGAUGGUCAAUGUCAGGCCAAAAGUGAGCAUACAGUUGCGUUGGAGGACCUCAAGAUCUCCAAGAAGCUAAGAGUCCUCCAGUGUGAUUUCGAUGGUCAAUGUCAGGACAAAAGUGACCAUACAAUUGCACCGGAGGACCUCAAGAUCUCUGAAAAUCUGAAUGUUCUCCAGUGUGAUUUUGAUGGUCAAUGUCAGGCCAAAAGUGAGCAUACAGUUGCGUUGGAGGACCUCAAGAUCUCCAAGAAGCUAAACGUCUUCCAGUGUGAUUUUGAUGGUCAAUGUCAAACCAUCCAGUUGCACCAGAGGACCUCGAGAUGCCAAAAGAGAAGACAUCUCGAGGAAUCUCUAGGUCCUUUGGUGCGAUUCAAUGUUCAACGUCAUGCUGGAGGACCCCAAGGUGCAUGGAGAGAGCAUUUCCAUACAACCCUGUGUUUCCAAACCCAUCCUGACCCCUGCUGUUCCCUUUCCGCAGGUGGGACCAUGCUGGCCUUGCAGCUACUGGGCCUGGCGCUCUCUGCUCUGGGCCUCCUGGGUGCCAUCCUGGCCUGUGCUUUGCCUAUGUGGAAAGUGACGGCCUUUGGGGGUGCCAACAUCAUCGUGGCACAGGUCUUCUGGGAGGGCCUCUGGAUGAGCUGUGUCUACCAAAGCACUGGUCAGAUGCAGUGCAAGGCCUACGACAACUUGUUGGAGCUGCCACCGGACCUCCAAGCCUCCCGGGCCUCUACCGUGGCCUCUGUUGCCGGCGCCGUCUUGGCCUUGCUCCUCGCCGUCUCUGGAGCCGAUUGCACCCACUGUGUGGACGGCCGAGCAACCAAAGCCAAGAUCGUGGCCACUUCCGGUGGUCUCUUUGUCCUGUCCGCGUUGGCUCUCCUCCUCCCCGUUUCCUGGUCGGCCCAUAGCAUCAUCCGCAACUUCUACAACCCAAUGGUCCCCGAAGCCUUGAAGCGAGAGCUGGGGGUCUCCCUCUACGUCGGGUGGGCAGCCAGCGGACUUCUCAUCCUCGGAGGUGCCACGCUAAGCUGCGUUUGCCUCCAAAAAGACAGCCCCAAACUCAACCGGGUUCAAUAUCGAGUGCAGAAACAGCCAGCGUCGGAAAGUUAUGCCCGCAAGGACUAUGUCUGAUUUCAUUGGACAAUGGCCACUACGAUUCUAGGCUGCAUCAAUAGGACGUUUCACCCACAUCUAUGUGUCAUGAUCUCUGAUUUUUGACAUCUCCGGACACAGAGCAAGCGCUGACAAAGAACAGAUGCCAGCCAUAAAACCUCAAUUACCCUCUGGUAUGUGAGAGCCCCUAUAUAAAUGGGCUACAGAGAAGAUUCUGGUAUUCCGUACAAUAAAACCUGUUGGAAUCUACCAGCGUGUGUCUUGGUGCUUUCUUCUGUGGAAGACUUACCCACAGCACAACUGGA